UUAGAAAAGAAAAAGAAUAAACAGUAGAGUUCUGUGAAACCUCGGAGGAAUAGAAUUUCUACUCUCUUGUUUCUCGUUCUUCUCUUAGAAAACAUUUCCUCAACUUUCUUUCCUUUUUUGUUUUUUUCUUUAAUAUUACUGUAAUCAUGUCUCAGACUCACUGGGAAGCCGAUAAAAUGUUGGAUGUGUACAUAUAUGAUUACCUUAUAAAGAGGAAAUUUCAUGCUUCUGCUAAGGCUUUUCAAGAUGAAGGCAAAGUCUCUGUGGAUCCUGUAGCUAUUGAUGCACCUGGUGGAUUUCUGUUUGAAUGGUGGUCUGUCUUUUGGGACAUAUUCAUUGCCAGAACAAAUGAGAAGCAUUCAGAAACAGCUACAUCUUUCAUUGAGACUCAACUGGCUAAAGCUCGAGAACAGCAGAAGCCACAGCAGGUGCCUCCGAAUCAGCAGAUGCAAAUGCAGCAGCUUCUACUGCAGAGGCAUGCUCAACAGCAACAGCAACAGCAGCAGCAGCAGCAGCAGCAGCAGCAGCAGCGGAGAGAUGGGGGUCAGCUUUUGAAUGGCGUGGCCAAUGCGCUUGUUGGCGGAAACGACAUGCUUAUGAGGCAGAGCCCUGCCGCUGCAAGUGCCAUGGCAGCAAAAAUGUACGAGGAAAGAUUAAAGCUUCCUGGACAGAAGGAUGCUUUUGAUGAAGCUGCUAUGAAGCAAAGGUUAGGUGAAAACGCAGGUCAGAUUCUGGAUCCAAAUCAAGUGUCAUUGUUGAAAGCGGCUGCUUUGGGUGGCCAACCUUCUGGGCAAAUGCUUCAUGGAAUACCUGGGAGUAUUUCUGGAAAUAUUCAGCAAGCACAGAAUCGAAGCCAGCAACUUCCCUCUGUUCCUGCGUCACCACAGGAUAAAGGUGAGAUGAUGAACUCCAAAGGUGCUGGUCCAGAAGGAUCAAUGAUUGGCAUUCAUGGCCCAAAUCAAGGCAGUAACAAUUUGACUCUGAAAGGUUGGCCUUUGCCGGGGCUCGACCGCUUUCGUUCUGGACUUCUUCCGCAAUCAAAUCCUUUGCUGCAGUCACCUCAACCAUACAAUCAACUUCAGCAGCAGCUUCUGCUUCAGGCACAGCAAAACUUAGGAUCCCCAUCUGCCAAUGAUAUGGAAGCCAGAAGACUUAGGAUGCUUCUUGGUAAUCGAAGUAUGAGUUUUGGUAAGGAUGGCCAAUUAGGUUCUGUUGGCGAUGUAUCUAAUAUUGGGUCACCAGUCCAAGUCGGUUGCCCUGUACUACCUUGUGGAGAUCCCGAUAUGUUGCUUAAGUCACAACAUCAACACCUGCAGAAUAACAAUCAACUGCAGCAACAAUUUUCGCAGCAGCAUCUGCUUUCAAGUCAGACUCCUCAAAAUUCAAACCAGCAAAUGCGCCAGCAAGAUAAGGUGCUUGGUGCGGGCAGCGUCACAGCAGAUGGUAGCAUGUCUAGUUCCUUUCAAGGAAAUGACCAGGCUUCAAAAAGUCAAAUUGGGCGAAAGAGGAAGCAGCCCGUGUCAUCUUCAGGUCCUGCCAAUAGCUCAGGGACGGCAAAUACCACAGGACCAUCUCCCAGUUCGCCCUCGACGCCUUCUACUCAGACACCAGGUGAUGCUAUGUCUAUGCCAACUUUGCCCCAUAAUGGCGGUUCCUCUAAGCCUCUACUUAUGUUUGGCUCAGAUGGUAUGGGCCCACUUACAACAGCACCAAAUCAAUUGGGUGAUUUCGUUGAUGAUGGAUCUCUAGAGGAUAAUGUCGAGUCAUUUUUAUCUGAUGAUGCUGAUCCUAGAGACAGAGUCAGUCGGUGUGCAGAUGUCAGCAAAGGCUUCUCCUUUAAGGAAGCACGGGUUAUUCCUGCUAGUACAAACAAAGUUGAAUGCUGUCACUUUUCACCUGAUGGAAAAUUGCUGGCUACAGGCGGACAUGAUCGAAAAGCUCUAUUGUGGUGCACUGAGUCCUUCAUGAUGAAGUCUGCACUUGAAGAGCAUUCACAGUGGAUAACUGAUGUGCGUUUUAGUCCUAACGCGUCGAGGCUCGCCACAUCUUCUGCUGACAAAACUGUCAGGGUCUGGGAUGCUGACAAUCCUGGCUUUUCUAUUCGGACUUUCACGGGACAUUCUACAACUGUUAUGUCUCUGGACUUCCACCCCAGCAAAGAGGACCUUCUCUGCUCCUGCGAUAAUAAUAGUGAGAUAAGAUAUUGGGGUGUCAAGAAUGGUAGCUGUACUGGAGUUUGCAAGGGUGGAGCAACCCAGUUGAGAUUCCAACCUUGUUUUGGAAGGAUUCUCGCAGCGGCCGCUGACAAUUUUGUAUCCCUACUUGAUGUGGAGACUCAAGUUUGCAGGCUCAAGUUACAGGGUCACAAAAACCUUGUCCAUUCUGUUUGUUGGGAUUUAUCGGGAGAGUAUGUGGCGUCUGUGAGCGAUGACUUGGUUAGGGUGUGGAAUGUUGGCUCUGGUAGCAAAGGGGAAUUUGUCCAUGAGUUGAGCUGUACUGGCAACAAAUUCCACACUUGCGUUUUCCACCCGACGUGUCCUAUUUUGGUGAUUGGCUGUUAUGAGACUCUGGAGAUUUGGAACAUGGCUGAGAACAAAACAAUGAGCAUCCGCGCGCACGACAAGCUGGUAUCGUCUCUGGCGGCGUCAAAGGUUUCUGGUUUGGUAGCUUCAGCUAGUCAUGACAAGUGCGUUAAGCUUUGGCAGUGACCGUUUACUUUUCCCUUUUUCCUGACAAAAUGGGUAAUACUCUCACACUCGCUCACUACACAAGGAAAACAACAGUUGGAAAUCAGAUAUUUUUGAAGUUAAAGACUUUAUAUAGUUUCUGUAUUUGGUACAAAACCGUUUUGUAGAUGGUGACGAGGGUUUUUAGGUCUUUAUACACCCAGUCCCAGUAACCGAAAAGAAGUUCAUCAUACUAGAGCUAACAACUUAGUCAAACAAACUUGGAGGAAACAUGUGUUUUUUUUUUUUUUUUUUUGUUCAAAUUACGGUGGGGGUAUAAUGUAAAGGUUACUUU